AUGACACACAAGCAAGCUGCGUUGGACCUCGAUGUCCUAAUUAAUGAUCUUGGAAAAGCAUGUAGAUCGGCGUCCUAUUCAAAAGUCGUGACAAUUUGUGAUAAAAAGUUCGAAAAGGCGAUAGAAGGGUAUGAUAAACUAAUGCAAACCUACCAGGAUGAUUAUCAAGAGGAACGUUUGACAAACCUUCUUGCUGCUAAGGCUGCGCUUUCUUGCUUCCAGGGAAAGUCUGCGCCUCUUAAUUAUUCCCCUGCGAUGUUUGAAACCGAUUUUAAUGCGGCGUGCUACUUCAUCGGUCGGAGGGACUACUCAAGUGCUCUAAAAUAUCUUAACAAAGCAGAAAAAUUGUGUUUGGAAACUUUCGAAAACGAGACUGAUAUAAGCGAGGAUCAAAUUAAUCAAGAAGUGGCACCAAUACGGGCACAAAAAGGCUUUGUAUUGCAGCAACAAAAGAAAGACGAUGCGGCUUCUGAAAUCUACCACACAAUUUUGCGUCAACGGUCGGGUGAUCCCCCAUUAACAGCUGUUAUCGCAAAUAAUCUAAUUUGCAUUAACAAGGGGCAAAACGUUUUUGACACUCGAAAACGUAUAAAAGCAUCUUCGAUUGAUGGCUUGCAGCACAAGCUGUUCCAAGCUCAACGCAGCUCAAUUCUUGUGAAUCAGGCUUUAUUUUACUUGCACAACAACCAGCUUGACGCCUGCCAUUCUAGAGUCAAAACGGUGCUUGAUGAAGACCCAAGUAAUAUUCGAGGUGUCAUUUUGUCAGCUGUACACCUAACCCGAUGCAAACAACUCGCCGGUGCCAUUAAAGUUUUGGAGUAUUUUACACAGUCUCCAGCCUUCGAAGAUGUCGAUGGCCAAGGUCGUUUGCUCGUUGCCCUCUUGCUAGUUCAUCUACAACUAAUGGCUGCUUCUGGAGCUCCUGCUAAUGUACCCAGUGCGCCAUUGCGUACUGCAAACAUACCAUUUGAAGUUGUCGAAACACUCUCUAGGCAGCUUUGUAAACUAUUGUCCGUAGAACAAGUUGCCCUGCCAGCCACCGCCUCUCUUCGAGUCGCACUUCUUUUGGCCACCAAGGCAUCCGAUGGUGAUUCGGUUGAUGAGGCGGCCGUGAAGUGUGCGAAGACUCUGGUCCUGGAAACGCUCGACUUUUGGUGUAAGAGGUCGUCGAAUAAAGUUGACAAUGACCGACUCCUUGCUCGGUGUAUCGAUUUCUUCCGAUUUCAUGGUUUCGCCGAAGAUGCCGCUAUUCUUCUGGAAAAGCGUAUCAGUGCUCUGAAGAGUUCCGGUGCUUCGGAUGACGCUGCCAAGAAAAAGCAGCAGAGUUUGUUGGCACUUCUUAUUCAGGCCUAUUCCAAGUUUGAUCAGGUCAAGGCGAGUCAGGCUAGUCGUGACCUUGAAUUUACGGAAGCAUUGGGCGAAAAGGAUAUAGACUCUCUUGAGUCUACUUUCCUGUUCGGGGUGAAAGGUAUCAAGAAAUUUGGGCGUGGUCCCGUCCUGCCAACACCAAAAACCGGUGGUAAGUCUGGAGGUUCAGGAGUUGUCGAGAAAAAGCACAAGAAAAAGCGUAAGCUUCGUCUUCCGAAGAAUUAUGAACCCGGUGUCCCUCCCGACCCAGAGCGCUGGCUUCCUCGUCGUGAGAGGACCGGCUACCGUGGUAAACGACGCGACAGGCGGCAGGUUAAUCUUCUUCGUGGCCCUCAGGGCGCAACGUCAUCGGUGGCCCCCGAGUUGUGA